CAUCUUCACUUAAUUCGCGCACGAGGCAGUACGACGGUGAAGAAUCAAUCUUUUCUUGCAGAAUGACUCGUGUUUUCAUCGGCAGAUUGGCAAUGAAUGCCCGAGAAAGUGAUGUGGAAAGAUUCCUUCGAGGAUACGGUAAAGUAAGAGACAUAAGCUUGAAGAGAGGAUACGGAUUUGUGGAGUUUGAUGAUUAUCGAGAUGCUGAUGAUGCCAUUGCAGAUUUGAAUGGCAAAGAACUGCUGGGUGAAUAUGUUGCAUUAGAGUUGGCCAGAGGAAAGAGAAGUGGUGGUGGAGGAGGUGGGCGCGGCGGAGGAAGAGGCGGAGGAAGCUAUGGUGGCCGAAGACCUGUUUGGCUGGACAAGGGGUCAAGGUAUGGGCCUCCAGUAAGAACACAGUACCGUGUUAUCGUGGAAAAUAUGUCAAGUCGCACAAGUUGGCAGGACCUGAAAGACCAUCUUCGCCAGGUCAGCAAUGCAAAACUAACUUAUGCUGAUGCGCAUAAAAAGAGUGUUGGAGAAGGAUGUGUAGAAUUUGAGAGUCGUGAUGACAUGCUGGACUGCAUCAGGAAAGCUGACGAUACAGAACUUGGAGGCAAAAGGAUUCGCCUUGUUGAAGAUAAAGGCCAUCAUGGCUCCCCUCCAAGACGCAGUAGUUACAGAAAGGGCUCUCGCUCAAGGUCCCGCUCAAGGUCCCGUUCACGAUCUCGUUCUCGUUCACGAUCACCUAAGAGGCGUUCAAGGUCUUACUCUCGGUCCAAAAGUCGCUCUGCGUCAAGGUCACCAGCCCCUGCAACAAAGCGUUCACGAACACCUUCAAGAUCUCCUGAGCCAGCAAGGGCUGCAUCACCCGAGGAAAGACAUGAUGAAAGACAUGAUGAAAGACAUGAUGAAAGACGUGAUGAAAGUGACGAUUGAUUGUUAACAUUGGUUGAAAUUAACGUUGGCUAGUUUUGAAUCUGUGUUUGUGCUGAGCACAUCUCUCAGAAAACUGUCCAUUAAACCUUUUUUUUAUUAUUAUUUUUGACUCCAGUAGUUACAACAGGAGCAUGUUUGUGAGAUUUUUUGUGUUUAAGGGCUUGAAUGUCUCAACCAAAGACAGAAUAGCAGUUCAAAAUGGCAGAGUUAAUAUGAGGUUCUCGCUAUUCUAAUCAAAGUCAGUAGCUAUCUGAGAGUUUUAGUCAAAUGUAGUUUUGAUGAUGAAAACUGUUACAUUUAGAAAUUUUUGUACAGUUUGUAUUUGAUUUGUGUUGUUGAGUAUUUUAAGGGAAACACAAAACUGUGCAUGUAGUGUUUUUGUAGUUGAACACUUUGAUUUAAUGGGAAACUGUAAUUCUGUUGUUACAAAUAAAAUAUUAACCAAAUUUCACUCCA